CCACGAUGCCGAUUUGGGUUGUUCUUCUCUCGCGGAUCAUCAUGAAGGAAAAGCAGACGACGAAGGUGUACCUGUCCCUGAUCCCCAUAAUCACUGGUGUCCUGUUGGCCACUGUCACAGAGCUUUCCUUUGACAUGUGGGGACUCAUCAGUGCACUUGCUGCUACUCUGUGCUUUUCACUCCAGAACAUCUUCUCCAAGAAGGUGUUAAGAGACUCAAGAAUUCAUCAUCUUCGGCUGCUGAACAUCCUGGGCUGCCACGCCGUGUUCUUCAUGAUCCCAACGUGGGUGUUGGUGGAUCUUUCUUCCUUCUUGGUAGAGAAUGACUUGAGCACAAUGUCUCACUGGUCCUGGACCUUGAUGCUGCUGAUAAUCAGUGGAUUCUGUAAUUUUGCCCAGAACGUUAUUGCCUUCAGUAUCCUUAACCUGAUCAGCCCCCUCAGCUACUCUGUGGCCAAUGCCACCAAGAGGAUCAUGGUCAUCACGGUGUCCCUCAUCAUGCUGCGUAACCCUGUCACGAGCACCAACGUCCUGGGGAUGAUGACAGCAAUCCUGGGGGUCUUCUUGUACAACAAGACAAAAUACGACGCAAACCAAGAAGCAAAGAAGCAGCUGCUUCCAGUGACAACUGGAGACCUUGUGACCUUGGACCGACACCGAGGCCCCACCGAGAAGGCUCAGAAUGGACUGACCACGUUCGCCCAGCACGGAGACUACCAGUACGGCCGAGCCAACGUCCUCACGGACCACUUCCAGUACCCCAGGCAGAGCCACCCCUCGGCCUACAGCCUCAACAGGUUUGAUAUCUAGAGCCUGGCA